UUAUUGUAAACAGCUUUUCUCAACAAUAAAAUAUUGUAGAUUUGUAGUACAAUAGGAAGAAAAAAAAUUGUUCGAUCAUGCUCAUGAUCUGUAUUUGAUUUUUUUUUUUUUUAUGUAAUUAUUAUUAUUAAUUGACCGAAAGUGAUACGUCUUCGACUCUUGAUUUGGUUGGUUUGGUUUACCAAGAUUUUGUUGUUCUUCUUCUAUUAUUAGUAUGUUUUGGGACCGGGCCUUUGAUGGAUAAUUAAACUAUAUGAAUAUUUUUAGGGGCACGUAAUAAAUUGUAUGUAGAAAAUACGUUUGGUAAAAGAAUUAAAUUGUGUCAACUACGGAUAGCACAUGUAAAGCUGCAACUUAGUGCUUUUGCUUUUGAGUUUUGUGGUAAAAUUUCUUUAUAUCAAGUUAAAGGUGUUUAGAAUAUGUUAAUAAUAAAUUUUGAAGGAAGAUGUUUUGAGUUUGUUUUUUUCAACUAAACUAAGGAAAGACGUGUGUUGAGUAAAUAUUCGAUCUGAGUCUCUCCAUUAGGAGAGACACCGCGACACUAGAGAAAGGAUCAACCAAUAAUAACUAAUGACUUGAACAUUUGUUGCAUUAGUCUUGUUCAGAGUUAACAGAGGUGGGUGUGGUGUGGUUGGGUGGAGAAACGACAAUAACAUAACACAAGGAAAAACAUACGGUGCUGUAUAUGAGGUUAUGAAACAACCAAUCACAGACUUCGUGAAACUUUUCGAGCUUGGAAAUGGGAGGAAAUCCACAAAACAAAUCAUAUUGAAACACACUUCCAUAUUUAUUGUCUCUAGCAACACUUAAAAAAUGCUAUAAAAAGACAACGAAAAUGUUACCUAUAUUAUAGAAAUAAGGUACCAACAGUUUGUAAAUGUUGUCUGAAGUGAAAUAAAAGGAACAUUUUUUAAAUAUAGCCAUAAUGUAUAUGUAACAUUUUUUUAACUGUAUCAAUAUAAGAAGACGUUGGACAAGUAUUGCACAUACUCUCAUGAACAUAAUAUGUGCUCAAUAAAAUUGACAUAACUUCUAUUUUAAAGCAAGUGUUCAUUACAAAAGAUAUAUGUUAUUAGUCUUUGCAAUUAAUUAUAAAAAAGAAACUAAUGAAACCAAGUCUUCUGCAUGCCAUCUCAAUUCUUGAUGCUUCUGUCUUGUGUCUAUUUUAAUAAAACAAAGAAUUUGCAACCGAUCAAAUUGCAUCAAACAAGAACAUUCAUCAUUGAAUUGAUAAGCAAGAACUUCAACCAAAUCAUCCAAAAACAUCAUUCAAAUGUGUCUUAUUGUUGUCACUGUCACACACUAUGCAUUUCCUUAAUUUCAAGAACAUUGAAUCUUUGCAUGGUGUUGGAUACAACUUUAAUGUUGUUGAACAAACUAAUUUUAUGUUCAAGAGCAAAGGGUGGUGAAUUGAUAUGUGUCUUUAAUUUUCUUGUUAUAAUAUUAUUAUAAAAAGGGAAGUCUCGAUUAUUAUCUGAGAAGACCUUGCAAAUUUGUUCUAAGCUUCUAACAAGUUAAGAUAGACACCAAUGGGUUGGUUGUUCUCACAAUUUAUAUUGGCAUUUCUUGCUGGGUGCUUGUUCUUUAAUGGCUUAUCUUAUUCUUUUAAAGCUCCAAAGUACAAAUUCAUCAAAGAAGCAACAUUUGCUCCACCAAUCUUAAGUUAUGACUAUAUAGUAAUUGGUGGAGGAACAUGUGGUUGUCCACUAGCAGCAACACUUUCACAAGGUGGAAAAGUUUUAGUCCUUGAAAGAGGAGGUUCACCCUAUACAAAUCCAGAACAAAUCAACAUACAUAACUUUGUUAAUUCUCUUUCUGACACAAGUCCUUCAUCAUUUUCACAACAAUUCAUAUCAACCGACGGAGUCCUCAACUCGCGCGCUCGCGUUCUCGGAGGCGGUUCUGUCUUGAAUGCUGGAUUCUACUCAAGGGCUAGCUAUAGGUACAUAAGAGAAUCUGGUUUGAAUGAAAGUUUGGCUAAAAGUUCAUAUGAAUGGGUUGAAAAGAAGGUUGCUUUUGAGCCACCAAUGAUGCAAUGGCAAUCAGCAGUGAGGGAUGGAUUAUUGGAAGCAGGGGUGUUACCUUACAAUGGUUUUACUUUUGAUCAUUUAUAUGGGACUAAGGUUGGAGGGACAAUUUUUGAUAAGGAGGGUCAUAGACACACUGCAGCUGAUUUGUUAGAGUAUGCUGAUCCAAAGAGGAUUUCUGUUUAUUUGCAUGCAACAGUGCAAAAGAUACUAUUUAAGUAUAAUGCAGAAAAAAAGAGGCCACAAGCUUAUGGAGUGAUUUACAAAGAUGCACUGGGAAUCAAACAUAGAGCAUACAUAAGCUCCAAAGUAAAAAAUGAAAUAAUAGUAUCAGCUGGUGCAAUUGGAAGUCCACAGUUGCUAAUGCUAAGUGGCAUUGGUCCUGCUAACCAUCUUAAAGCACAUGGAAUCAAAGUUGUUUUGGAUCAGCCUUUGGUAGGUCAAGGAAUGGCAGAUAAUCCAAUGAAUGUUCUAGUUGUUCCUUCCCCUUUACCUGUUGAAGUCUCUCUUAUUCAAACUGUUGGAAUCACCAAGUUUGGUAGCUUCAUUGAAACAGCCAGUGGAUUGAGCUUUGGUCAUUCUUGGUCUGAUAGGCUUAGAGGGAUUUUUGAAUUUGUGUCAAACCAGAGUGGCCAACCCACCAUGUUGACACCAGAAGCCAUGGAAAGUUAUGCAGACGCAAUAAGAUCAUUAGCAAAUCCAACACUUAAAGGAGGAGUCAUACUUGAAAAGAUAAUGGGACCACGUUCAACAGGUCACUUAGAGCUUCUAACAACUAAUCCUAAUGAUAAUCCAUCAGUUACAUUCAACUAUUUCAAGGAUCCAGAAGAUUUAAGGAUGUGUGUGGAAGGCAUGAAAACAAUCAUAAAUGUGAUAAACUCGAAAGCAUUUUCGCGAUUCCGGUAUCGAAACAUGCCUGUUCAAGCUCUAAUAGACUUGAUGUUACACUUACAAGUGAACUUAAGGCCUAAACAUCCUAAUGCUGCAUUUUCUUUGGAACAAUAUUGCAUUGACACUGUUUUAACAAUUUGGCAUUACCAUGGAGGGUGUCAAUAUGGUAAAGUUAUUGAUCAUAAUUAUAAGGUCAUUGGUGUGCAAGGUCUUAGAGUAAUUGAUGGAUCAACUUUUUAUAGAUCACCAGGGACUAAUCCUCAAGCUACUGUUAUGAUGCUUGGAAGGUAUAUGGGACAAAAGAUUAUAAAGAAAAGAUUCUCCCGGGGAGGAAGUGAAGGGAUGAAUUGAGUGCAUAUUUUUUCAUAUUGGUUAUGUGUAAUAAUAAUUGAGUGAUUUACCAGACAUUUUCUCCAUUAUGCUGUCUGGUUAUUUUAGUAAUAAACUUGAUUGUAUUUAUUUGUAUGAUAAUGAUUUUGUAAUUUCCACAGUACUAUUAUUGCAAUUUUAUAUAAUAACAUCGUCAACGGUGACUUUUUUGGAAUUGAUAAA